GUUCACCUCACACUCUGACAACGUCACCGCACAAAGGUCACCAAGAGGAGACGUCCAGCGCUGACAAAGGAGGGACAGCACAGAGACACAGCAUGGCCACCAUCACAGAGCUUCAGAAGAUUGGUGUUGGACUGAUGGGAUUCGGUUUGUUCUUCCUGCUCUUUGGGGUUCUGCUGUACUUUGACUCCGUCUUGCUGGCCUUUGGAAAUAUCCUGUUCCUUGCUGGUUUGUGCUUCAUAAUUGGCAUCAGGAGGACAGCACAUUUCUUCUUCCAAAGAAACAAGUUCCGAGGAACACUUUUUUUUCUUGGCGGAGUGACCUUGGUGCUGUUUCGCUGGCCAGUGAUUGGAAUGCUGGUGGAGAGUUAUGGUUUUGUUCUUCUGUUCAGGUCCUUCUUUCCUGUGGCCAUUGGGUUUGUGCUUUCAAUCGUUAACUUACCUUUCCUCAGUGCGUUCCUCCCCAACAGUCAAUCCAUGGUGUGAACACAGCUACACAACAGUGUGGUAAAGGGGAUGCCUGGCUGGUCAGCCAUUCAGACCAGCAAGCGGAGAACCAGAGAAGAAGCAGAGUUUUGUUGAAGGGAUGUUUCUGGUCUUUGUGUUUUGGCAGUGUAAGAUCCAUCCAUUUCUCAGACUUCUGCAGACAUUUGCUUAUAAAAACAGGUUAAAGAUUUUUGUUUUUGAAAAUAAUGCCAUCAAAGCCCUCUGUUUUCGAAUUUCAUAAUAUUCCUCACAUCCCAAAUUUACCUUUUGGGGAUGGUUUUUCAUUUAAAUUUUAACUUUACACAUAAUGUAACAUUUUGUAUUCAAAGGUCUGGUUCAUAAAAUAGGUUUUUAUUGUAAUAGCCAUGUUAUGUCAUAAAAAACUGUACAGGAAGAACUUUUUAAUUGUGAAUGUUCUGUUUUAAUUCUAAUAAAUUAUUAAAUUAGGCA